GUGUUCUCUCCGGCGCAGCAACCGAGCUCACACCCGAAUCCCGGGUCCUCCUCGCUUGUCCCCAGCUCGGUGAGUCCAGGGAACCCAUGGAGACCGUUCGUAGUGCGCCUCCGGGGGACGGCGCUGCUGAGGCGCUGCUGAAAGAGCUGGAGCGUCAGGUGCAGGAUGUGGUGCGGGCGAGCUCGUGGUGGGAGCGCCACGGUGUGGACUGCGCCAUCCUCGCUCUCAGCCUGCUCGCCUUGCCGGCAGGGUUCCUGUGCCUACGCGCCCAUAAUAUCCUGGCCUUUGCCACGGGCAUCACAAUCUUGGGUGUGUGCCAUUAUACACUCACCGUCAAGGGCAGCCACCUGGCCACUCACAGUGCCCUCACAGAGUCCAAACGCUGGAGCAAGAUCUUGAUGAUUUUCUUUUUGGAGGUGUGCACAGCCUUUUCUGCAGAGUUCGCCAAAUUCAACCACGUGAAUCUGCACCACGUUUACACCAACGUGGUGGGUCUGGGCGAUUCAAGCACGUGGAAGGUGCCUCUCCUCAACCGCUACGUUUACAUGUUCCUUGGGCCGCUUUUGGUCCCCAUCAUAACGCCGCUGGUAGCUCUUGAGCAUUUGAGGAAGGAAGAGCCGAGGACUGCACUGCGGACUUUGGGCUUCAUCUGCCUGGGCCUUUACUCUCAGUACUGGCUGUUCAUGAAUGUGUCAGGCUUCAAGAACCCCAGUUCAGCACUGGCCUGCAUGCUGCUCACCAGAUCCCUGCUGGCCCACCCUUAUCUCCAUGUCAAUAUCUUCCAGCACAUCGGACUGCCUAUGUUCUCCCCGGACAAGAAGCCCAGGAGGAUCCACAUGAUGACCCUGGGGGUUCUGAACCUGCCACGGCAGCUGGUGUUGGACUGGGCAUUCGGCCACUCCCUCAUCAGCUGCCACGUGGAGCACCACCUCUUCCCUUGGCUCUCUGACCACAUGUGCUUGAAGGUGAAGCCCUUGGUGUCGAAGUUUCUCCACGAGAAGCAGCUGCCUUACAAUGAAGACUCAUACCUGGCUCGAUUCCAGCUGUUCCUCAGCCGCUAUGAGGAGUUCAUGGUGCAUGUCCCGCCCAUCACUGAGCUGGUGGGGGUGCAAUGAAGGCUGGACCCCCUCCCUCGCCCAGUCCUGGCCCUCCUGUACUGCUGGCCCUUGGGGAGGGGGUGCGGACUGGUGGACCUGGCACCGUCCUGGGAUUUGAGUUAAGGGAGACUGUUGGGAGAAGAAAUGGAAUCAGUUCAGAGGCUGUGCAUCCUGAUCCACCUAGGCCUCAGCUGACUCCAUCUCAGCAUCCCUCCUUCUGCUGCCUCUGAGCCAGGGGGGAGGGCUAAGGGGGCUGGUGACAGGUGAGGUGGCAUCCUAUGUCCAGAAGGAGGGGGCUCAGAGCCAGAGCCAGCCUCCUCCGCUCGGCUCUCCUCAGUGCCCAGGCUGCUGCUUCCUCCUGUACCAUCAGUGGUUCUAGUCCCCAGGGCCCUCUCCCUAGGGUAAACAGGGUGAACGGGGUGAGGUCAUUAUUAUUUUUUUUAGCAGACCCCCUCCCCUGUUCUUCACCUGAAGGAGCCUGUGCCACACUGGGCUCAGCUCUAGGACCCACAGAGUCAGUGAGAUGAAAGGGAGUGUAUUUCCAGAGAAGUGCUCCAGAAGGGAGCAUGCGCAGGCGUAAAACUGUAGAAGGCACUGCCAGCUUUGAGCAUGACCUUGGCUAGCUCUGUACAACUCUGCUUUGUUCCAUGUUCGGAAGGCUCCAACCUGGGGGGGGAGGGGGGGAGGGCAGAGUCACUGGGAGGUGGAUGAGGCUGGAGGAGGGCAGAGAGGAAUGGAGUGGGGGGGUGGGGUAAGGGGUGGGAGGGGGUAGGGGAAGGAGAUAGGAAAGCUGAAGAGAAGGGCUCGGUUUGGCUCUGGGAGGAAGGAUUGCAAGCUGGGUGGGAAUAUAAUGGAGCCACUGAUACCAACACUAGGAGGAAGCCAAGCUGGGGAACAACACUGAGAACCAGCCAAGCCAGCAACCGAGAGAGGCUGGGCAGUGCUUCAGCCAGAUGGCAGAGCAGAGAGGUUUAUGGAAGGGCCCAGUGGAGACUGAAGGAGGGACAGAUGAGGUUAGACCUGCAUGCAUCAGGACGCCAGGGCCGCUGUUAGGUCAUAACCUAGCUCCUCGCCUCCCCGCUGCUGACAUUUUCUUUGGCUGAUUUGUGGCAGGCUGUGCUGAGCGCUGGCUUCUACUGACUAGAUGUUGGGAGCCCAAAUCAUGACAGUCAAAAAUGACUCCCGGGAUAGCCAACUGUCUCCCAAGUGACGAAACUGUCCUUGAUUAAGAACACGAGGCUGUUCUUCUAGCUGACUCACUGGGUGGAAGGGUGUACUGCUCUGGUGAUGGGAGGGUACACGGGGAUGGGCCGACCAGCCUGCUAGAACCCAUCUCUGGGGGCUGAUGUGGCCUAGACAGAUGCAGCCGCCACUGGCCUGACAACCCUUCCUGUCUUCUCCCAGCACCCCUCCUUCUUCCGGGGCCCUUUCCUCCAGCUAUGGCUCUUGGGCAGCCUCUCCCCUGGGCUCCUUCUGGGCUGGGUAAAGGCUUCUAGCUGCUGCUGGCUUCUUAUCUCUGCUGAGGAAUCUCUACACUCCUCACUCAUCCCCGUUGACUGUGUGCCUCCUGUUCACUGCCAAGGGGCUCGCUCACAGCAGUUUCAGAUCCAAGCCCCCCACCACCACCCCACCCCCCUGCCGCCCUCCUGCUUAGCUGUAGGCUAUUGCUGCUCGUUUUGAAAUGCAUUAGCAGCUCAGAAGAGGCCUUAAGGUCUGAGGGCGGUUCAUCAAUUCUCCCUCUGAAAAAUCCAAUGACAGAAAAGGGUCCUGGCAGUGUAUUGUAAGCUAGUGAUCAAACCAUCCAAAUAUACAGCCAGUGACUCACUGCUAUUGAUCUGGGCCUGAGUGGGGUUCAUUCCGGGGCAGCCGCUGGAGGCCCUGGUAUCAGACCUGACUAGACAUGACUAUACAUAUGUAUGUAUGACUAGACAUACCAUGGCCAUGGGUGCACCAGGAACAAAUCACUUAGGUUCUCUGCAAUGUGCCCUGUCUGUCAGUCUAACCAUGUGAGCUAGGGAUACAGAAGUAAGGGAGCCAGCGGGGGUGCCUGAAGUACCACCAGGGCUCUGCAGUCCGUGGUCUAACAGACCAGCCAAGGGGACCGCACUGCCGGUGAGCAGUCACGGCUGUUUUCUUACCACAAACGCAGACUUGCUUGGCUCUGGUUGUGUUGUUUUCUGGAACUCAAUUGGUGGGUGGCUGGCCUCAAACUCGCAGAAAUCCACUUGCUUCCACCUCAGUGGAUCUCAGCCUUCCUAAUGGUUCAUGCCUGUACUUUGCUAUGCUUAUGAGUCCUAAUGUGAAUAUCUUCUACUCAGGACAUCUGAUAUGUGACCGACCCCUGGGAAAGGGUCGCUCGACCCCCAAAGGGUCACAACCCACGGGUUGGGAAUCUUUGCUCUUCCUCUCCCUCCAAAGUGCUGGGUUUAAAGGUUUCCCUCUGGGCCAGGCUAGACGUUUGUAUGCCAUCUAAUUUUAAUCCUUACAAGUUAGAUUCUUUCUACUCAUAUUAUAAAUGGGGGAAAAAGAAGCUGAGAUUAAACCUCUCAACAUCAUGACUGUGAAGUCCAGCAUAGGGAUUUGAACUCAGCAACUCCAGAACCCAGGUUGGUGACCCUCAGAGAUGCUGUUUCGGAAUGGGAAGCCCUGUAGACAUUUUGGGUGUUUGCGUCUGAUUUGCUAUCUCCUUCUUCUACAUGACAGGAUAUCUGGUGGUUUUAUUAUUAAGAUUUUUUUUCCCUGAGACAUGGUUUCUCUGUGUAGCCCUGGCUGUCCUGGAACUGCCUGUGUGGACCAGGCUGGUCUCAAACUUAGAGAUCCACCUGUUUCUAUCUCUGCCUCCUGAGUGUUGGGCUACAUGAGACCUUGUCUAAGAGAAGAAAAAAAAAAAAAAAAGGAAAAGGAAAAAGAAGUUCCUUAUGACCAGCCAUUGGAUGCUAGGUACUGUGUGAUGCUCUGGGGAUGAGUGAAUGAGAUGGCCUCUAUAUCCCACCACAUUCAUGAAGCCUGCUGCCCAGUGCAGGGUGUCAAAUUUUGUGAAAAGGGCCAGAUAAAUAUUUCAGGUGUUGUGAACAAUAUGAUGUCUGUCACAACUUCUCAACUGCCAUCAAAGUGUCACAGCCAGAUGAACAUGCCCCCAAGGCUCAGGGACCACUGUGGAAGAGGGAGCAGGAAGCCUGCCAGAGCCAGAGGCCAGGGUACAGCAAAGCAGAGCCCAGAUUUCUGGACAUGACAGGACUCCUGCACUAAUAAACUCACAGCAGCCAGUGGCUGCCCACACAAGAUCAAGCCAGUGAUGGUUACAGAAUAGAGGGGCGUCUCAGCUAGGGUUUCUAUUGCUGUGAAGAAACACUAUGGCCACUCUUACAAAGGAAAACAUUUAAUUGGGGCUGGCUUACAGUUCAGACAUUUAGUCCAUUACCAUCAGGGUGGGAAGCAUGGUGGUGUGCAGGCAGACAUGGUGCAGGAGAGGAGCUGAGAGUUCUACUGGAUCCUCAGAGAGUAGGAAGAGUGACACUAGGCCUGAAGUCCACCCCCAGUGACACACUUCCUCCAUCAAGGUCACACCUCCUAACAGUGCCACGCCCCAUAAGCCUAUGGGAACUAUUUUCAUUCAAACCACCACAAGGGGAAAAGAGUUUACAAGUCCCUGUGGCUAACUGAGGUUCUACUGACAACUGGUGUUUUCUGGGGAGGGUGACUCAGUUUUCUUUAAGGGUGUGGCCCCUGAUAAGUCCACCUUGCCAUGACUAUAUGUAAGUGGGUUAUUGAAAAAAAAAAAACAUUUAGUUGCAGAUGUGAGGUGGAUUUAGGAGGGAUUGGGGAAGAAAUAGGGAGUGAAUAGAAUCAAAAUACAUUAUAUAAAAUUUUCAAAAAUUAAUAAAAAUAUAUUUAAAAAUGAACAUGGUAUUGUCCCAAUAAAACUUGACUUACAAAGCAAGUAAUUUUCACGUCACAAAAUAUAAACUAUGUUACCAUUUAAGAUGGCUCCGUAGUUAAGAGCACUUGCAGGGGCUCAGAGUUCAAUCCCCAGCACCCAUGACAGAUGUUCACCGAAGCCCUCUGAUCUCCAAGGCAGCAGCACAGGGCAGAGAGACGGGUGUAUAUAAAAAUAGAGAGAGAAACUGGGCAAUGAUGGUUCACACUUUUAAUCCCAGAACUUGGGAGGCAGAGGCAGGAGAAUCUCUGGGAGUUCAAGACCAGCCUGGUCUACCGAGUGAGUUCCAGAACAGCCAGGGCUACACAGAGAAACUCUGUCUUGAAAAGCAAAACAAAACAGUACAUGUGUAAAUAAAUUAUUGUUGGAGAGAUGGCUCAGUGGUUAAGAGUAUGCAAAGGUCCUGAGUUCAAUUCCCAGCACACACACAGCAGCUCACAACCGUCUGACACCAAAUUCUAGUGUGCAGAUGUACAUGCAGACAAAAUAUUCACAUACAUAAGCUACAUACGUAAAUAAUUUAUGUAUAGGCUUGUGGGCAGCAUUUAUCUUACCUACUAGUCUUCUGGGGCAGGCGUAAAACACAAUGACAUGUUAGAGAAUCAUAUUUACCUCUCAAUAAGAAAGUGGUGGAGCCAAUCAAUGGUGGUGCACACCUUUGAUCCCAGCACUAGGGAGGCAGAGGCAGGCAGAUCUCUACCAGUUCAAGGCUGGCCUGGUCUAUAGAGUGAGUUCCAGGACUGCCAGGGUUACACAGAGAAACACUGUCUUGAAAAACAAAACAAACAAACAAAGUGGGGAGUGAUUAGUUGAGCAGAGGAUUCUGGGAUACUGAGUUUUGGUUCUCAGUCUGGUUGUAGGUCACAUUAUUACACCUACAGUCUCAUAACCCAUCAACUAUGGUGGGAAUGAAUGCACUUCUCUGUAUGUCAAACUUCAACUAAAAAUAACCUUCAUUUU